UUUUUUUUUUUUUUUUUUUUUUUGCCAGUCAAGAAGAAAAAUAAAAAAUAAAUAAAAAUGGCCAAGAGUGCUCGCGCAAGCGUUAUGAAGCGCAACCAUGCAAAGCUUCGAGCAACAGUCUUCGGGCCUGUCUCUGAUGCGCGGACAGCAAGACUUGCUGCAAAGCUGCAGGACCUCGCCUCCCAGCCAAAGCCUCCGCAAGAUGAGAAGAUGGACAAGGAAGAUGCUAUUGAGACGGAUAAACCAGCAGACGCCGAAAAGCCCGAAGCAAGUGAAGAUAUGGAUAUUGACAGAAAAACCGGCGCAUCCACCAAACGCCGCUCUAAUAAAUCGGGGCGCAUUCAAAAACGCGAAAAGAACUCCAUUGUUUUCCGGUCGAGUGCAACCAAGGCGAAGGCCACGAGGAGAAAGUAAAACGAGUCUCUACGCGCUAGAAAAGUGAUUGGAGAUUGGAAUCAUAAUAUCAUGAUUGUGGUGUUUGGAGUUGGUCUUGUUUUUCUUUGCAUGUCAUGAUACCAAAAGAAACCACCAUGUCUUGUCAUAUCAUCCAUUUCAACGAGUUAUCGGAUAACAUUGUUUGUUUAUAUGAACUCUCGAUUACUAGAAAUAUGAUUUAAGUGGUAAAAGCGAU